AUGUUCCCGGAAACGUUGGUGUUUGCGCUAGCGCUGCUCAUCACGGGUGCCAUCCUAUUUCUGCUUAUUUACUACCUGAUUAUACUGUCCGAUCUGGAAUGUGAUUAUAUGAACGCACAGGAAUGUUGUUCGAAGCUCAACUUUUGGUCCAUUCCCAAGCUGGCUGCCCAUGGGUUUCUGACCUUUUUGCUGCUCAUUCAUGGCAAUUGGAUCCUGUGCCUGGUAAACCUGCCCAUGGUGGGUUGGCUCGUGUGGGAACAGUAUCGUGUGCCAGCCGGGAACAUUGGCAUUUACGAUCCGGCCGAAAUCCAUAACCGAGGCAUGGUCAAGAAGCACCUGCGAGACACCAUGAUAGGAUUGGGUUUUUAUUUGAUUAUCUUCUUCGUUUAUCUUUACUGUAUGAUAAUCGCCUUACUGAAGGGAGAUCCGAUUAGACGACACGAAGAGGAGGAAAUAGUGACGGAAUUCUAA